UUUGUUAUCUCGUUUAUGCUUGAACCAUCAUUAUCACAGAGCAAGCUGAGCCGAUAACAACUCAACCAAGAAUUAAUGCUGAGAAAGUGCUGCCACUUAAAGUGCCGUUACUUGUACAUACGUCCGUUAGUCUUCUUCGGUCCUUCAAUCUGGCUUGCCAACGUAUUCUUCUCUUUUAUAAUAUACGUAGUGUUCACCGUAUUAUUUCUUGGUGCCGGUUUUCAGUCGAAUUCUGACGAAAGUUUCGUGACGAGCUAACAGAAGAAGAAAUAUGGAUGCAAUGAAGACUGGCUGGUUCAGCGAGAUAAACGACUUCUGGCCUGGUGUCUCAUUGUCCCUUGAAGUUGAAAAUACGUUACAUCAAGGAAGAUCGCAAUAUCAGGACGUUUUGGUGGUGCAAACAAAAAGUUAUGGGAAAGCUCUGAUACUCGAUGGUAUAAUUCAGUGUACGGAAAAGGAUGAAUUUGCUUAUCAAGAGAUGAUAGCGUUUAUUCCAUUGUGUAGUCAUCCUAAUCCGAAGAACGUUUUAAUAGUUGGUGGCGGUGAUGGUGGAGUUGCACGCGAAGUUGCCAAACAUCCGGGUGUUGAAAGAAUAGUACAAAUUGAGAUUGAUUCUAUGGUAAUUGAAGUAUCGAAAAAAUAUUUGCCAUUUAUGGGGGUUGGAUUGGAACAUCCUAAACUUACGUUAAACGUAGGAGACGGGUUUGAAUUUAUGAAACAACAUACACAAGAAUUCGACGUUAUUAUUACGGACAGUAGCGAUCCAAUUGGUCCAGCAGAGUGCCUUUUUCAAGAAUCCUACUUUAAUUUAAUGAAAACAGCAUUGAGACCCGGUGGUAUAGUUUGUAGUCAAGCAGGUACCGCAUGGAUGAAUUUGGAUCACGUAGUUCAAACUUUUAAACAUUGCAAAUCUGCCUUCUCAACAGUAGAUUAUUGUAUUGCUUCAGUACCAUCUUAUCCAACAGGACAAAUUGGUUUUGUAUUAGGUGGACUUGGUACAGAAAUGAAUUUCAAAGUACCAACGAGGAUAUUUGAAGACGAAGAAUUAGAUAAAAUGAAUUUAAGGUAUUACAGUUCCGAAAUACACAAAUCGGCAUUCGUAUUACCCAGGUUUGUCGAGAAAUCUUUAAAACCGUACAGGACGACGUGAAUACGGUGUUAUUUUUUUAAUUGACCUUUUUCUUUUUUAAGCGAAUUAAUUUCUUACUUUUCUUCUAAUUUUUUAUUUUCGGUUUAAUAUUUUAAAUCUUCGAAAGAUAUGUUUCUAUUUGUUUGUCAAUACUAAUAAUUGCAAUACAGUAACUGGAAAAAAAAAAACAAACAAACGCAUUUCGUAUUUUAUAAAUUAAAUUUAUAAGAAAAAAAAAGAAAGAAAAAAAAAAAUUAACUAUGAAUAAAUUGCUUCGUUUAAUUGACAAAGCAGUCUGAAGAAUAUUAAAA